GACUUAUUAGUGACACGUCACACAAGUUUUGUUAGUCUUUUUAGAGGAUAGCCAGUGGCCUCUGCAGCCGGGGAGCGGUGCCGGCUGCGACCAGCUUCUUCUCGAUCCUCUUGUGUGACCAUACCUUGUCUACAGGGCGCUGCAAGUUUGUACUUCUGCUGGAGGGGUGUGUGUGGUCAUGUGAUAGAUCUUGCACGAGGUAUAUUGUUUUCGUCUGCUGGCUGACGGCGGCUCUGGAGAGAUGAAGGAGUCGUCUCUAGUGGUUCUGGCGCUCCAGCUGGUAUCGCUGGCCGUGUGCAUGCUGGGCUCCUCCGCCAGCGAACACCCCCUGGCCCUCACUGGUAGCGGCAGCGCUGCUGACGGCCUGCAGAGACUGUAUGUGGUGAGCGUGGAUGGUGUAGUGAGUGCCCUGGACUGGGAGGGCCACCCGGUCUGGAGCUACCAACUGGCCCAGCCUCUCUUCUCCUCCACACUAAACUACAAGCAACUGAGUGUGAUGGCGGAUGACAUCAUCGACCAGAGUUUUCCCUACGGAGAGUCUGCAGCUCUGGCUGGUGCAAAGUUCAGAGAAGUCGAGACCUUGGACACUUUCACUGGCCAGCUGGUGUACCAGUGUUCUGCGUCCAAGUGCUACCAGUCGGAGGAGCAGUCCGUCCCGCCACAGUGGAUGCAGCUGCUGAAGGCCUCCAGCUACAGGGUCACUGUCAGGCUGGCUCAAGAGAUGACUGGGGAGGAGAUGUGGAACUUCACGGUAGGGGAGGUGGAGCUGUCGUUAGUGGGAUCAGCUCCUUGGGCCGGGGAAGAAGGAGACGUAGGAGGUGCCGAGUACGGUGGGAGUGUUUCGGUCAAGGUGGACACAGCCCGGGGCGUCUUGUAUGGCGAGGGGGAGGGGGAGAUGGGGAGGUGGAACCGGAAGAUGUCUGCACCCAUCACGUCUCUCUGGGUGCAGGACGGACUCCGACUGAUCCGUGUCAACCUCUCCAGCCACAGUGUCCUUCCGUCCUACCAGAGACCCUCUCUCAUGAUGGUCCACUACAAGGAGAAGUUCUACAUCCAGCCAAUGCCACUGCCUCACAACUCUCAAUCACCCAACCUCUACUCCCCUAUCUCAUACACUCUCUUAGGAGCAGUGGAGGCAAUGGCAGCUACUAGGUGGGGGAGAGACAGAGAGAGAAUGAGAGUGGAGGAAGAAGAGGUCGAGGAAGACAAGUUUGAACUGGCUCUCUAUCGCAACUCCGACCUCUUUAAACUCUGCAGUGAGCACUCAGAGGGUACCUCGGUGUACUUCAUGGCAGAGGAGAUCUCCGAGGGAUCAUGUCAGUUGCCGAGAGACGAGAACGGGUCAGAGGACAGCUGCGGAGCCCCAUCUUCUCCCCCCACCAUCUCGUCUACUGGAGGAGAGUUGGUGGAGUUUUGCAGUGCGGAAGGCCACGAGUGUGGUGAAAUACCUGACGUUUGGAGUGUUCAUCAUUGCGCUGGACAGACUCCACCAGAAGUACGGCCGGAAGAGAACCUCAUCCUCCAUGUCUUCCGAGACCUCUGUAAUACAAUGCGUACAUACUCUGUAUCACUGGAGAGCUUGAUCUUUGGUUACAUGAUUGUGCUUGUCGGCUGUUAAGAGUUGUGAAGUUCUAAAGCGGGUUUGCCUAUAAAACGUGACACGAAGCCCUGUGUACCUUGAGUGUUGCUGAAUCAUCAGAAGUAUCUGCAGAACUCCUGUUUAACCUGGAAUAAUGUAUUAUACAAGUACAUCUGUAAUAGAACGUGCCAGUGUGGUUUUGAAUCUCACCCACUGCAGUUAGUUAAAAAAAACGUGACCUAUUGCUUACAUGUAAGAGCUCUGUCAUGACAUCAUAUUGUACUACAACAUGAAUACAAUUGUUUGUUUUUCUGUGUACAGGAGGAGAAGGCAGAGAGCACGGAUCACUUCCCAAGGACUUUCACAAACUCCACUCUUGAGAAUUCGUGGACUGGUUCGUCGUUGAGGAAAACCCAGAGAUCUGACUCCACUGACUCCAGGUUUGGCAGCGACUAUGAGUUGAGGGGGAGGCUGGGGAAGGGAGGGUUUGGGGUGGUCUACCACGUCAAGAACAGAACCGACGACGGAGAGUACGCCGUCAAACGCAUCCUCCUCCCCCGCAAGAAGUCGGCAAGAGAGAAGGUGAUGAGAGAGGUGCUCGCCCUGGCCCAGCUGGACCACGCCAACAUUGUCCGCUACUUCCACUCGUGGGUGGAGCAGGCGCCUGAGGGAUGGCACACCAGGAGCAGUGGGUCCCUCUCAGCAGAACUGAGUCCUAUGCCUGUGCCGAGCAAUCUCCAUUUCCGUCCACGAUGCCGUCGUCUUCGGCAUCCCGACUGGCCCCGCCCACCUCCUCCUCCUCCCUUCCCUCCAACCCCUCCCUCUCCACCCUCUCCCACGACAGGAUCCACGCCGAGGUCCCUCCUCCCCUCUCCACACAGUCACACACCUCCUCUUUCGUCAUUGAAUUCAAUAACAAGACUGAAGGAGAGGAGAGUGUGGCGAUCACCACCACUGGCGGAGGAGGUGAAGGGGAGAGAGGCUGCUUCCCUCGUGACCUCCUCGACAACAGAGACGACCUCUCGGACUGUUCAGAUACCCACCUCGGGGGAGAUGACGACAGAGGUGUGCAUCAAUUGGAAGCUCCGACGUACCUGUUCAUCCAGAUGCAGCUGUGUAGGAAGGAGAGUCUCAAGGAAUGGCUGGCUCAGAACAUUCACAAUCGUCCACUGAGAGUCGUCCUCCACUACUUCCAGCAGGUACUGGAGGCUGUGACGUACGUCCACCAGAAGGGUCUCAUGCACCGAGACCUGAAGCCGUCCAACAUCUUCUUCUCUCUGGAGGGCAGCGUGAAGGUCGGCGACUUUGGACUGGUCACCGGAACCUCCUUCUCGGGAUCUCAGACUUCUCUACAUAGUCUGAAGCCGCCGGUGGAUGAGAGCAUCAGACACACGGGAACAUAGGGUCCCACUUCUACAUGGGUCCCGAGCAAGCCGCGGGGAAGAAAUACGACCAGAAGGUUGACAUAUAUUCUCUUGGAGUCAUCUUCUUUGAGCUCCACCAUCCAUUUGAAACGGACAUGGAGAGAGUCAAGGUUCUGGAGAACCUGAGACAGAGAGAGAUGCCGAGCAACUUCCUGAAAACCAUGCCGCAGGAGUUCUCCUGCUUUGUCGCACUCUCUACAGUCCACCUAUUAUUUAGUUCAGAGCUGGUGAGGUGGUUAACGGAGCCCCACCCGGCCGGGAGACCCUCUGCUCAGGACAUCACUGGUAGCCAGCUGUACUCUGACCUCCACAGAACGGCAGAACACUCGCCCGACAAUCAUCUCAUACCAAGACUCUAAAAACAAUCUCUCUUUCCUUUACUGUGUGUCUUAAUAUCUUGAGCCAUGGUUUGGCUGUGUACAUUUUGUUGGCUCUCUGUUUGUUUGAAGGGACUGUGUGUGUAGUUGUGUAUAUGUAAGGGUUGUAGCAUUUCUCUCACCAUCUCUUUUCUAAUUCACCAGUAUCUCAUUUUUGUGGACCAUCAAACUCUAAAGAAACACGUGAACAGUCUGUUGUACACGUUCCUAUAUACACAUGG